AUGCACCCUCUGCUUGGUCUAGUGCAUCAGAAUCCUUGGCUGGCGAACGUUGCCACCUAUGGGACGUUGUUUUUGGCUGCAGAUGCAGCCCAGCAGAUGUUGGCUAAGCCACGUCAGGAUUCCUCCAGACGUGACAGUUUGGAUCUGAAGCAGACAGCAAAAGUGGCACUGGUAGGGUUCACAUUCCAUGCCAACUUCAAUUACGGCUGGUUCCAAAGCUUGGAGCGCCUUCUUCCAGGAACGAAAGCAGCCAUGGUGAUCGCGAAGGUUACUUGUGACCAAGCCAUCGCCGCACCAAUCACCAUUGGGGCUUUUUACACUGGUCUGUCUCUCCUGGAUAGCGAAAGUGACAUAUUUGAGAAUCUACAGGAGAAGUUUUGGCCAACAUACAAGGCUGGGGUGCUGUGCUGGACCUUCUUCCAGGCAGUGAAUUUCACUCUUGUGCCACCCCUGCUGCGGACAGCCUGUGUGGGCGCCUGCUCCUUCCUGUGGGCGGCUUUUCUCUGCUACCUGCACCCAACUGACACCUGUGACACCACCUCCCAGCUCUUCCAGGCACUGCCAGGCUUGGCUGGGCUGUUUCCACCGACAGCAGGAGAGAAUCAAAUAAAGAUGCCCUCUGAGAAAUGA